AUGAUGGACAACCCGACAGCAAAUACGAGCCACAUACCUUGUCAGUCAUGGGCGGACCAGAAUGGCUGGCCCACAGCUUCAACCCAAGGGCCAGUCCUCAACUCUCUGUUCAUCCCUCAGCAUCUCAGCCUGGGCUCGGCUUUUGACCAGAGACCCCCUUACGACCACCUGCAGGCAUCUAACCAGAGCUGCAUGAGCGACCUCAGCACCUUAUCAUCCAGAAGCAACAGUCAUCACACUGCCCAGUACACAGCCUCUCACAUCAGUAGCAAUUUGUCGUCCACCUCACUGUUUGCCAACUCCAUCAUACCAAGUCUAUCUCAGAUUAUAUCUUGUGGGGCUUCAAGAUAUACCUAUUGGCCUACCAUCAUGUGGACAAGAUUUAAGCCAGGGAUCACAGAGGACAUCUCAACCUACUUUUGGAGGUGUUGGAGGAUACACUCACAGCCAUGCCUCAUCUACUUCUCAGUGGACACCUUCAUCACACUGCAAGGAGACGUAUGUUUCACCUCUGCUCACACAGAGACAGUGAACCAGGUGGAAACUGGAGUUGACAGCUACACUCGUUAUGUUGCUGCAAGUGCAAUAAAAUCUACCAGACUGGAAUCAUUACCUCCAGAUGACAAGAGUGGUGAGAAGCCUCAACACACAGCUAUUCAGGUACAGUCACAGCUUUUAGUGGAUUGUUCAUCUCCUGCAUCGUAUGACGAACAAAAUCAGACCUGUGAUUCACCAGAUGACCCGAUGUCAGCAGCAGAAUUGGAGGAAACAGAAAAUGCCUCAGCGGACUCUGCUGACAGUGAUCCUGAUUUUUCACCUAACAAUGAUGGUGACCUGUCAGAUGCAGACGAUGGCUUUUCAGAUGAAUCCAGUGAUAGCAGUCCCCCAACCACACAGAAAGAAGAAACACCUCACCCGAAGUCUCUUCCAGGAAAAAGGAGGGAUGAAUCAGACAAAAGUGUCAGUCCUCUAAAAAAGAAAUGCAUAACUGAUCAGGAGAAGUCCUCAACUGUGGAGUUGCCAACUUCAAAUUCAGAAGUGCAAUGUGUUUACGAUAAGAGGAAUUAUUGUCCGUUUUGCUCUAAGCCAACAGUCAAAAUGGCAAGACAUCUUGAGAGAAUCCACAGUGACAAAGCAGAAGUUGCAGCUGCAUUUCAGUAUCCCAAAAAUUCCAGAGAAAGGCGAAAGAUUUGGAAUAGAUUAAAGAAUCAAGGAAACUUUGCUCAUAAUACAAAUGUUUUGAAAAAAGGGAAGGGACAGUUUAUUGUCCCAAGAACAGCAAAUCAACCUACAAUAAAAGGACUCAAUGACCGUGUUCACUGUCUUUACUGCCGUGGUCUUUAUUUAAAGAAAACCUUAUUCAGACACCUCAGGUUAUGCCCAGAGAAAGUGAGGAAUGACAGUGAAUCACAGAUUGGAAGAAAGCGUAUUGCAUCACGCUGUGUGCUUGACACUAUCGGAGAUCUUGGUGUAAGUGAUGGUUUCAGAGAACUUCUGUCCCAGAUGACAUAUAAUGACGUGACACAAGCUGUCAUGGAUGACAAGAUUAUCUUGCAGUUUGGUGAACAAAUGUUUGAUCAGCAAGGAUCAAAUGCGAAGAGGCAUGAGCACAUACGACAAAACCUUCGUCAGAUAGCACGACUUGUACUGGAAGCUCAAAAAAUAACCCCCCUAAAGAAGGUGGAGGACUUCUUUCUCCCUUCAAGCUUCUCACAUGUUGUGUCAGCAGUCAACGUCUUGGCAGGUUACGAUCCAGAAAAGAAAACAUACAGUACUCCGUCACUUGCCAUCAAGCUUGGCUACCAUCUACAGAAGUGUUGUAGUAUUGUUGAGAGGAAUGCCAUGCAGAGUGGAGACACGAGACUGGUAGAAUCUGCACAAAACUUCCUCUCAGUAUACCAGAAAAAAUGGAAUACACUAGUUUCUUCAGGAGCGUUAUCGGCACUCAGGGAAAUAAAACUGACGACAGAAAAGAAGGUUCCGUUUUCUCAAGAUGUGAAGCGCCUGAAUUUCCACAUGGAGAAUGUUCAUCUUCUUGCUGAGAAAAAACUCACAGAGUGCCCUUCUACAGAAAACUACGCUGCUCUGGCCAAGAUAGUACUCGCUCAAACAAUUAUUUUCAACAGGAGACGAAUCCAGGAGGUAUCAGAGGUGCCACUAACAGCUUUUAUGUCAAGGAAAAAGUCAAACCUGCCUGAUAACUUUGACGUAUCUGUCUCUGAAUUGGAAAGAACCAUGUGUGGGUUCUUCACUAGAAUUGACAUUCAAGGGAGGUGCGGGAAAAUGGUUCCUAUUUUGUUAAAACCUUCGUUCGUGUCAGCAUUGGAGCUUCUAGUGAGUGUUCGUGAAAAAUGUGGAGUCCCCAGUGAGAAUCUCUUCCUAUUUGCACGACCCAGGUCACUGUCUGCCUACAAGGGAUCUGAAUGCAUCCAAAAAUCUGUCAAAAAGUGCGGCGCUAAAGACCGUGAAGCACUGACAUUGGCGAAUAUCCAGAAGCAUUACGCUACAAUGCUGCAAAUGAUCAAUCUGGACGAGAAUGAAGCCGACCAAAUAUUAGGCCCGAAUAAUCACGUCCGAACACUACGACAGAACAGUGGCAUGCAGGUGGAUGAUGACCAAAUGGACUCCGAAGAGAGACUACAACAUGAAAGUGGAUAUCAACCUGCAUCAUGGGAUCAGAGUGAACUUUCUGGUUCAUCCUACACUCAAGCUGAUUUUUAUGAUGAACAAGCACAUGGAGCAACGGCAGGCACCAGCAUGACUGUACCACCAAAAUCUGGCAACUCAGGCAAAAAAGGUUCUCAAAAUCAGGGCAAACACAAAUGGGAGGAGGCAGAGAUUUGUGCCGUAGAAAGACACAUGAUGCGUUUCAUUCAAGGACACAAGGUACCUCAGAAAAAUGACUGCACUCAGUGUCUUGAGGCUGAGCCAAAAGCACUGAGGACCCGUUCCUGGAAAGGUGUAAAGGACUACGUUCGAAACAGGAUCACCGCUCUAAAAAGACAAAGUAGCACCUACCAAGCUUAACUUUAACUGAGCCACAGAGGACUGGACAUUUUCAGCAUUUAUAGACUUUUCCUUCUUCUAUCUUCUUAUGCUCCCUGCUUUGUCUUUCAUUCCUCAACAGUGUCCCUCUCUGUCUCUUAUACAACAUUGAGAGCAUUUCUGUUCAUUAGGAUGGCCAAGAAGACAUUGAUAACUGAUCAUUUUCAUUUGCCGGUUCAUUUUCUGCUGUCAGUCAUUUUCCUUUGUAUCAUUCUGCAGUAUACUGUACAUCUCCCUGUGUGUGGGUUCAUUUUAAGUUCAUUUUAACACAAGAGAGUUCAUUAAUACUGACAGAUGAUGUGUUUUACAGAUGUAGCACGUUGUUGGAGCUGACCCUCUUCAACCAAGUUAUCUGCUGUACUGUGUUUUGUUAUUCAGUUUGAUUUUGUAUAACAAUUUACCAACAAUAAAGUGCCAACGAUGUCUUACCAGUUAA